UACCUACGUCUACGUGUACACAAGUCACUACGUGCUCUACCUUGGAAAAAACCUACACCUAUAUUUAGACAAACACUUGAAUGGAAAUCCCUACAAAUCCAUUACUACAAAAUGAAGCACAGCAUUGAGAACAAAAAAUCAUACAUUGUAAAUUGUGUAUAUAACAAUAUGUGUACUGUGUGUCUGGAAUAUUACAUCCGUGUCUGUUUGUCAGGGUAUAGUGUUUAAGGGUUUCGUAAAGGAUCAUUUGUUUCACACCUAGCGGUUUCAUAGCGGAAGUAAUAUUUUUUGUUGUUGGUCAUUGGAAGAGGAAGGAGUCGGCGUUAGGUAUUACUAUAUAAUUGUGUACAAGUGUUGGAGCGAACAUUAAGAAACUUAAUUAAAGCUGAUUUGAAUAUGCAGCCCAGUUCGUAUAAUGGCGAUGUCAGCUCAGGCCCUUUUAUUGACAGAUCUAUCAUCGAGGAACAAAAUAACACCAACGACAGGACCGAAAGGAACACAGAUGAAAAGCCUCGCAGACACAGGUUUCGAAUGUCCGUCUAUCAUCACAAUAACAUAUUUGAGUCAAAAACGGUGAAGACUAUUUUUCUUUGUUCUGUGGUAUUCAACUUCAUCUUUUUCUGUGCUUUCAUUGGUACGGUCGUGGCAUUUGUCUUCUCAAACAGCACUGCUCUGCCCUUCCAGUUGGACUCUUUGACGGAUAUCGUCUGCUACCGCUGUGGAAAGGCGGGAAUACCUGGAAUUCGGAUCCAGGUGCGAGCCGAUAACGGGUACUGCUGUGUUAAAAAAGAUGACGAAGACUUCAGGAUGAUCGAUCAAAGAAAAUUGAUUCCAAAAAUGUCUGCGGUAAUGGGCGUUUAUCCAUCGCCGAUAGACUGUGAGGAAGAGAACGUGAAAAACAGCACCGACAAGAAAGGCCGCUAUGACAUCCAAGUUGCUGCCCGUCUUGUGCUAGAUACAGAUUUUAUGAAACAAGGAAAAGCAAAGCAUCUGAAAUGGCUAACCAAUUCAUCGACGGGUUAUAUGCAGGGUGCGAUAGUCUUCGUUAACGACACAAUGUUGUGCCUCAAGGAGGCCGGACUGAUGAACGUAAAGAGCCACUUCAGCUUCGACAGCUACAACACGAAAAACAGGAAAGGGCCACAAAUUAUCAAGCACAGCAUUUAUAAACGUUCAGCCAGGAAAUAUUCCAAGCUGGCCUAUGAGAACGUGGUUCUCCGAGAACGCGAGUACCAGUCGAGUGACCUGGAGGUCACGGUACGACUAUCAGCCAAUGAAUGCGUCGGAGUGUAUGUGUCAACAUUAUCGGUCAUUUACGAUUUACCCGUCGCCAAUAUUUUUCAGGUCGUAAAAAUAGGGAGCUGAGGGGCGUUUAUUUUUGUGUUUAACAUAUAAAACUGGACAAUGUCAAAACAGAUAGGCAGAGUAUGAUAAUGUAUUAAACUAUAGGCGGAAAUAAUAUUUCUGUUUUAAAAUUUCAGCUGGAUGAGUUAUUAGCUAUCCGCUCAUUUUCUCUAUUUUUUUCCCAGGAAGAAUGAAUACAUGUGCAUCGUUUAAAACGGGUACCUACUAUAUUCAAACGUACCAAAAUGCAUUAUGUAUGUAUAUACAAUAUAUAUAUGGCAGUCUUCUUCUGUACCACCGAAUUGAUCGGAUAUUACAUGUCCACCCACUAAAAUUCAUAAAUUUAUUGUAUUUCGUGACUCUUUGGUAUUCAAAUGUUUUGUGUUUCUUUUAAAAUUACAAUGUUUUUUGUUGUUGUUG